AAUUAUUGUUGUUAUGAAGAUGCUCAAAAAGUAGAGUAUAAUUGUUAUACAUUUGUGUCAUCUUUAAAGUUCAUAAAUCUCAUAUUAUCUUGCUCUUGUGGAAUUUUAUUCCAAAAGUGUUAAAAGAGGGUGUUGUUUCUUUUGUCUUGGCCUAUAAUCUGCAUAGGAAUUUGGUGGAACCACUUAAUGGAAUAGGUCGACCACUUGAUGGUAAGUUCGUCAUCAGGUCGACCACUUGGUGGAAGUGGUAGACCAUUUUCUUGGAAUGUGGUCGGCCACUUGAUGGAAUAGGUCGACCACUUGAAGGUUAGUGUAUCAUCAGGUCAAUCACUUGGUGGAAGCAUUAGAACAUUUUCUUGGAAAGUGGUCGACUACUUAACAGAGGAGGUCAGAACCAAUAAUAUAAAGAUCUAUGUACUCUACAAGGAAGUUGUUGGAGUGGAUCAGAACCAAUAAUAUAAAGAUCUAAAUCAUGUUUAUUUAUUGGAUUUUUCGUUAAAUGUGAAAUCUUUCACUCUUUUGAGAUGCUUUAAGUGCAUGGAGUGUUGUGCCGAAAAUCUCCCUUUGUUGUAAACAAGGAUAGGUCAAUCUCUCAUUCAUUCCACAUAAGGUUUUAUCAUAGUCAGAUAACACAAUAGACUCACAUUUGUUUGGUAGUGCUAAAGAUCUGUAAUGGUGAGCAAGAUGGUUCACAAUUUGAAUGGUCCGUGUAGAGUACACGUGUUUUCAAUUAAGUGACAAGCAUGCCAUUGAAUUGAUAGUCUACUAUUGCUAGAAAGUUAAAAUAUUAAUUGUGCUCAGUCAUACAUUCAUCAAGUGGAUAUUCCAAAGACAAAACCCAUGGAAGAUUAUUUACAUUUCCGAAGUUGAAACUUUUGGCCAAUCUAAGAACAUAUGGUAUGAGCUUUCGAUUAAUUUUAAUGGGAUUUCUUGUUUAAGCUUCUGUUAGCUAUGGGGUUUCCAACAAUAUAUAUAUUUAAUUGGUUGAACUUGUGUCAAUACUCAUAUUUUAAGUGUUUGUUUCAAUGGUGGACUAUGUGGAUAUUUUUCAAUAUGAAGAAAUUUGUCAAGGGGAUCCUGUUUCACCAUAUUUGUUGCCUAUUGCAAUGGAAUAUUUAUCCUGCAUGUUGCAUCAAGAUUUCAUUAUAGAUCAAGUGCCAUACCAUCCUAGAUGUAAAGCCUUAGAAAUCUCUCAUUUGUGCUUUGUGGACGAUCUUUAAAUUUUCACCAAUGGAUCUGUUAGGGCAGUUGUAGGAAUUAGGAUGCUCCUAGACAGUUUUUAUAAGGAUUCUGGUCUUAAGUGUAAUAUCGAGAAGUGUCAAUUUUUCUAUUUUGGGAUACUUGAGGAUGAAAAGAGUACUCACUAGUUUCUCUCUUACAGAAUUGCAUGUUCGUUAUCUUGGGGUGCCUCCUAUCAUAGGUAAACCUUCACCUAGUGACUGUAAAUCUCUUGUUGAUAAGAUCACAACAAGAAUUAUAUCAUGGCAGGUUAACAUGUUGAGUUCUACAAGACGGUUACAACUUAUUGUCUGUGAUUACUAGUGCUAUGUAGUAUUGGGUGAUUUUUGUUUAUUGUUCCAUAGAAGGCUCUGAAGAAGAUUGAGUGAAUUUGUAAUAUAUUUCUUUGGGGGUGUGGGAGGCUCAGAGAAGAGAAAAGAGCAUUGGUAUCCUUGGAAAAGGUGGUUCUACCAAAAACAGAAGGUGGGCUUGAGAUUCGAGAGUUCAAAACUUGGAACAAAGCUUGUGUCAUAAGGCAUAUUUGAAAUCUACUAACAAAGACAGUUUCUUAGUGGGUGGUGUGGAUAAAAAAUUACAAAGUAAAGCGCCAUUCUAUUUGGAGAUUGUUUGUGAUGUCUUUCGGUUUUUGGAUUUGGCAUCGAAUCCUCAAAUGUCAGAGACUUGGCAUAGGAUGGUAAAAUUCUCACUCGAUUCUCUAUUAAAACUGUAUGAAAAUCCAUUGGAACUCCUUCCCCUAGUGUUGAUUAGAGUGUUGUUGUAUGGGCGAAGCCUCAUAGACUGAAACAUAGACUUAUUGUUUGGCUCAUUGUUUUGGACAGAUUUACAAUGAAAGAUAAGUUAGUUCAAUGGGGGCUUAGUUAUGACAGGAUUUGUGCAUUAUGACCUAGAGGUAAUUAAACAAGGGACCAUAUUUUUGUUUCAUUUUCAUAUACUAGGUCUGUCUUAAUUUUUGUGUUUUGGUAUCAUGGCCAUUUGCACAUGUGAUUAGAUUGUAAGGAAGGUCACUGGUGAAGUUUGUACGUUUUCCUAAAAAAAACAAACUACUCCAGAGUUUGGCACAUAAGUAUACACUAUAGGUUUUACGUGAGAGAAAGUUAGGUUUUAUAAACACUCUUGGUGAACUAUUAUAUAAAGUGAGAUGUAGGGUCACCAACACACUAGGAUAACACAUAUUCUCCCAUAGGGAAUAUGCGAUAUUUCUCGGGAGAGAAAGUUACGAGAUUUGGCUGAUAAAGGUAACAACCUUUGGAAUUGAGACUGUAAGUAUCAUCCGAUUACAAAUCAUCACUAUCAUUCUGCAUCAAAUUCUUGGCAAUCAACCUACAUAAAACUAUGUAUUCCUAUUCACAUGUGAUAAUCUAAAAAAUAUUCAUAGAAUUUCAAUAGGUGAUGCAUUUAAUAGGGGUUAGUGAUGGCAAUUCCUAACCUAACCCGUGCGCCCCGACCUGCCCCGAGACCUAAGGGCUAUAAAUAGAGCUCUAUAGGUAGAACUCGUGAGGAGGAGAUGGAAGGUCAAUGAAGGGUUGUUACUCUGCCGAUAGAGCAACAACGUCAGAAACGGCAGCCUAUGCCCCUUUUUUUCUAUUGCCGGUUAUGUUUUGUGUGGGCUUCUGGGGUCUUUGUUUCAAUCGAUCAACACCCAGGAACUCCUUCCCAUGACUAGCUAAGUUCCUAAGUUGCGCAGGUAUGUGAACCCUAGGGGUUCAAACCAUGUAAAACUCGAUGUUUAGUUUAAUACCAUUGUGUUUAUUCAUAUGUGUUGAUGUUUGAUUUCCUCUAUUUUGUUAUAUUUAUAUUCGAAUGAGAGCUUAGUCGACCAUGCACUCCUUAGAGGUGCAAGGAUUGAAAUCCAAGUUACUGAAAUGAGACUAGAAAUUGCAGUCCUAUUUUUGAUCGAACGUCAUUCGAUCGAACGAGAUAACUCCUCAAAGUAGAAAUUUGAAGGGUCCUUGUUGCUGAUUAGUUCGGGUAAAUGCUUCGACAAAAGUUGGGAUCUAACCAAAUAAGAAAUUAAAAAAGAUCGUAUACUACCAAUCAUUGAGGGAAGCAUGGUUAGGAGACCUUGGGGCGCUUGCCUAUGCAACAAAUUUCUUCUAUGAUCUCUCACUCGUCUGGUUAGCAUAUAUUUACUUUUUUGCACUUUUUGAACUCUUAUGUUUUGCAAAAUCAGAGGCACUUCAACCUCCUAAAUCACUCUCUCAUUCAAUAGACCCGUACCUCGCUUCUGAAGUAUGAAUACUGCGACAAGCCCUAAGGGAAUACGAUAUGGCCUCAGGGCUAGGUAAAUUGGGUAUGUUCUAUAACGCAUCCAAUCUUGGCACCGUUGCUGGGGACAUCUCGCAAAUUUAGGAAAUGGAAGAAGGUAAGCUGCUAAAUCCCUUUAUGUUGGUGUAAAUCUUUUUUUAUUUCGAGUGAAUUUAAGCAGGCAGAACGAUGGGCGGUGCAUAAUUUUUCCUCUAUAAAGAGGUCGGAGGUCCAAUUCUGCCUUCACGUGUAUAUCGUUUUUCUAUUUAAUUUUUAAAUUUUAAAUUUUUUUCUUUUUUGUCGUGUGUGUGUGUGUGGUUGGAUUCCAGGUAUCAGGUACAUUGAUCCCAAAAAUGACAGUCGGAGUGACUAAAAUCCUUCGAAUUCUGUCGCAUGUAGGGUCCAUUUUUGAGGGGGUCGUUCUGUUUCUAGAACUUGACCUCUUUCGUGGUCAUGAGCCCUUCAAGAACUAGGGCUAAAAUCAAAAAUCUUAAACAACAAAGUGUUGUCCAAGGUCAUGAGUAUAGUAGUGGUACUUCUGAUUCAUCAAAUCAGAGGACACCACCUCCAAGAAAGAGAAAGGGGAAAGAAGAAGUUGCUUACUGCUCUUCACUCCAACCCUCUAUUUGAAAAAGGUUCAAAAGUCAAGAUCAAUUUCUCUCCCUCUGAAUCCCCAUCACCUAGAGGUAUUGCCGACUGAACUCUCUAUGAGUACACAAGGCCUCAGGCUGUGAACAUCAGUUCUUAUAUCUUCCUACCUCAUAUCAAUGUACCAAACUUUGACUUGAGUACUUCAAUGAUCCAUAUGGUCCAGAAUGUUGGAUGUUUUGAGGGUCGUGAUAAUGAGAAUCCAGUCAAACAUAUAAAAACAUUUAUGGAGAUAUAGGAUAUCUCACGGUAGCUAGGUAUGGAGCCCGCACAAUACGGCUACGUCUCUUUCCUUUCUCUCCUUGGGAAAAGGCGAAGAGCUAUCUAUAUUGCCAAACACAAGGAUCAGUACGUACGUGAGAGGCAUUGCUUACUGCUCUUCACUCCAACCCUCUAUUUGAAAAAGUUUCAAAAGUCAAGAUCAAUUUCUCUCCCUCUGAAUCCCCAUCACCUAGAGGUAUUGCCGAAUGAACUCUCUAUGAGUACACAAGGCCUCAGGCUGUGAACAUCAGUUCCUACCUCUUCCUACCUCAUAUCAAUGUACCAAACUUUGACCUGAGUACUUCAAUGAUCCAUAUGGUCCAGAAUGUUGGAUGUUUUGAGGGUCGUGAUAAUGAGAAUCCAGUCGAACAUAUAAAAACAUUUAUGGAGAUAUAUGAUAUCUCACGGUAGCUAGGUAUGGAGCCCGCACAAUACGGCUACGUCUCUUUCCGUUCUCUCCUUGGGAAAAGGCGAAGAGCUAUCUAUAUUGCCAAACACAAGGAUCAGUACGUACGUGAGAGGCAUUGCUACAAGCUUUCAUCGUGGAAUUCUUUCCUCCAUAGAAAACCGACAAGCUAAGGGACUAAAUUGCUCAAUUUAAGCAACGACCUCACGAGUUGUUGUAAGAAAUGUGGGUGUGCUAUCAAAGGUUCUUUCGUUCUUGCCCUCAUCAUGGGUUUGCACAAGAACAAGGGGCCGACAUCUUUGGCAAGGCCCUCGACCUAAACAACACAAUUUUGGCGAAUCAAGCUAGCGAAGGUGACGUAUCUCAAAUGAACGCUCCCCGUGCUAUCGAGCAUUAUGCGUCAAUGACUGCAAAGUCUCAAAACUGGUCGAGGAGGACUGCUUCUACAAUAGUAAAAAUGGUACAAGGAUUAGAUGACUCACUCUCCAACAUAUUUGAGGGAAUCGCUACUAUUGCUAAGGAGGUGCAAGCACUCAAGAUGAGUCGAAACACCCUUGCUACACAACUCUUUGUUUGCGAGCGAUGGGGAAAUGGAUAGUCGUAAUGAGAACAAUUGCGGGGUUAUAGGAAAUCCUUUAAUCAAGAAGGUCAACUUUGUGAGCACUUGCUACCAAGCUCGCGAUUUCAAUAGCCCUAGCUAUUGGUACCAGAAAUUGCAACCUUCAUAUCCUCCUAAUGCCUAUAUAAGCUUCUAGAAUCGUACUUCGAGCGAUUAUCAAGCUUACAGCCAACUACCCACGAGACAAUGGCCUCUUACAGGAAGCCAAAUCAUGUCGAAUACCUAAAGAUAACAUCAACCUAUGCGAUGUAUCUUCAUGACACACAUUGGGAUGGUAAGGCUCUACCCAAUCCAAAUUGGGUAACGAAAUCGAAUCACCACUAGAAUUUGAUAGACGCCGCCUGUCAAAAGAGAAUAACACACGUUUUGAUUCCUUGGAAUGCUUAACCGUUGACGAGCUACAUGCAUACAUUUGAGUUCACGAGGUGAUUCUUAAGAACAUGAAGCGUGAGUUAGCUUCCCUUAUAGAGCUUCAAAAGACCCAAGAAAUGGCCAGAUCUCUUUCAGACAAUAUGGUGAACAAUCCUAAAGAAGAGGUUAAGGCGCUUGAGGCUGAAUCAUAUUAUUCUGCACAUGUCAUGAGCAUGGAAAGGGCUAGGAAUUUAGAGGAUGCGAAGCUGUAAGCUAAGGUGUUCGUUUCCCAUUGGGUUGGAAAUGGUGCCACAUUCGCCCCUUUUGGGCUAAAAAGGCACCAAGAGCGCUGGCUUUUAGGCUUCCAGAAAAGACUCUCAAAGCCAGGUAUUUGAAAAUUCUUGAGUCCUUUGUGCCGCGGAAGGAGAAUCUAAAAUCAUUUGUACCUACGAGAUAUGAUAAUGGAAACGAGAGGUGGAUUUCACCCAUGCUUAAAAUGUAUUCUCUACUUACUAGUUACUACGAUCUUCCAAAUCCUAUUUUGGGGGGAAAAGCAUUUGGAGGCACUCGUAACCCGUGAAGACACUCCUAACAACCUUCUUCACAAAAAGAAGAUGGAGAGGAAUUUCACGCCUCCUAAGGACAAGUAAUUCUCUAUCUACUAGGGAAUAACACCUCCUCACCAUAGUUACGAACAUUUUUAUGAUGAGUUCAAGUUAGCCACAGAGGUUUAUACGAGCACUAGUCAUAAUAAUAGGAAAAUUGUGACCUUAGUGACCAGAAUGCUGCCCAUUUUGUUGGACGGUGCACCUUUUUUAGUCCUCCUAUAGAUGACUCUGGGUCUUCAUGGAUUUAUCACUGCUUUAGGAGGGAAAGAAGCUAUAGUAACAUUGUUGGAAGCUCUUAUAGGGAUGUCUGGGCCCUUACGAAUAAUUAGGAAACUUAUUGAGUAUGAUCGUGAGUUAUCUCGCAAGCUCACAUUGGGAAACAUACCUUCUCACAUGCAACUCUUGGUACUACGAACGUUGCCCGAUCCGAGUCAAUCGUAAUCCCAUAUGUUCUGAAUGAUCUUCACGAGAUGAAAACACUUAUUGAUCUAUGGUCUAGUAUUAAUGUUAUGACCUUCAAUAUCUUUAGGUCGCUUGGCAUAUGCAAGUCAAAGAGCACAAAUAGGACCAUUUCUUUGGCCGACAGUUCAAUUUGCUGACCAUUAGGCAUGGCAAGGGAUUUCAAGGUCAGGAUAGUACUCUUCUUGUUCUCUCUCGAUUUCGUAGUACAUACAUAAAGAUACAUAUUACUCUAUCAUAUUUUGGAGGCCUUUCUUAGCCAUUUUCGUUUCUUUGAUUGACGUUCAUAAACAUCAACUUGCAAU